GGGGGCCCGGGGAGGGGCGCGGCGCGAGCGGCGGCGGCGGUUCCAGGAUGAAGAGGAGAGCUGGCCUGGGGGGCAGCAUGAGGUCAGUGGUGGGCUUCCUGUCCCAGCGGGGCUUGCAUGGGGACCCCCUGCUCACUCAGGACUUUCAGAGGAGACGCCUGCGGGGCUGCCGAAACCUCUACAAGAAGGACCUCCUCGGCCACUUCGGCUGUGUCAAUGCCAUUGAAUUCUCCAACAAUGGAGGCCAGUGGCUGGUCUCAGGAGGAGAUGAUCGCCGGGUUCUGCUAUGGCACAUGGAACAAGCUAUCCACUCCAGAGUCAAGCCCAUACAGCUUAAAGGAGAGCAUCAUUCUAACAUUUUCUGCCUGGCUUUCAACAGUGGGAACACCAAAGUAUUCUCUGGAGGAAAUGAUGAGCAAGUUAUCCUACAUGAUGUUGAAAGCAGCGAGACCUUGGACGUGUUUGCUCAUGAAGAUGCAGUAUAUGGCUUGUCAGUAAGCCCAGUGAAUGACAACAUUUUUGCCAGCUCCUCAGAUGAUGGCCGGGUUCUCAUCUGGGACAUCCGGGAGUCUCCCCAUGGAGAGCCUUUUUGCCUGGCAAACUAUCCAUCAGCCUUUCACAGUGUCAUGUUUAACCCUGUGGAGCCCAGGUUGUUGGCCACAGCUAAUUCAAAGGAAGGAGUGGGACUCUGGGAUAUUCGAAAACCUCAGAGUUCUCUCCUGCGCUAUGGUGGCAACCUGUCCCUUCAAAGUGCCAUGAGUGUGCGAUUCAAUAGCAACGGGACUCAGCUCCUGGCCCUGAGGCGUCGCCUGCCCCCUGUGCUCUAUGACAUCCACUCCCGCCUGCCUGUGUUCCAGUUUGACAAUCAGGGUUACUUCAACUCUUGUACCAUGAAAAGCUGCUGUUUUGCAGGAGAUCGUGAUCAGUAUAUCCUUUCAGGCUCUGAUGACUUCAACCUGUACAUGUGGAGAAUUCCUGCAGAUCCAGAAGCAGGUGGCAUUGGUAGAGUGGUCAAUGGAGCCUUCAUGGUGCUGAAAGGGCAUCGGUCUAUUGUUAACCAGGUCCGAUUUAACCCCCACACCUACAUGAUCUGCUCUUCUGGUGUAGAAAAGAUUAUCAAGAUCUGGAGCCCGUACAAACAGCCAGGAUGUACAGGAGACCUCGACGGUCGGAUUGAGGAUGAUUCCCGCUGCCUCUACACCCACGAAGAGUACAUCAGCCUCGUGCUGAACAGUGGGAGUGGCCUGUCGCACGACUAUGCCAACCAGUCUGUGCAGGAGGACCCCCGGAUGAUGGCCUUCUUUGACUCGCUGGUGCGCCGCGAGAUCGAGGGCUGGAGCUCUGACUCCGACAGCGACCUGAGCGAGAGCACCAUUCUCCAGCUGCACGCAGGGGUCAGCGAGCGCUCGGGCUAUACUGACUCCGAGUCCUCGGCCUCGCUGCCCCGGUCCCCGCCACCUACAGUGGACGAGUCUGCAGACGGCGCCUUCCACCUGGGGCCCCUGCGGGUCACCACCUCGAACACAGUGGCCGCAACUCCUCCACCACCCGCUUGCGAGGACACAACUUCCCGCCAGCAGCGCCUGUCGUCUCUGCGGCGCUACCAGGACAAACGCCUCCUGGCGCUCUCCAAUGAGUCGGACUCUGAAGAAAAUGCCUGUGAGGUUGAACUGGACACGGAUCUCUUCCCCCGGCCUCGGUCUCCCAGCCCCGAAGAUGAGUCCAGCAGCUCCAGCAGCUCUAGUAGCUCCGAGGAUGAGGAGGAACUGAAUGAACGCCGAACGUCCACCCGGCAGCGGAAUGCCAUGCGGCGCCGGCAAAAGGCGCCCCGAGAAGAGAAGCCCACUGCUCCGCCCAAGCCCUCCAACACCUACAUUGGAGAAGACAACUAUGAUUAUCCCCAGAUCAAAGUGGAUGACCUCUCCUCUUCCCCCACCUCCUCUCCUGAGCGGAGCACUUCCGCUCUGGAGAUGCAGCCAGGCCGGGCAUCACCAACUUCAGACAUUGAGUCAGUUGAGCGCAAGAUUUAUAAAGCUUACAAGUGGCUCCGCUACUCCUAUAUCUCCUACUCAAAUAAGGACGGAGAGAGCUCCCUGGUGUCUGGGGAAGCAGACGAAGGGAGAGCGGGAACCAGUCCUAAGGACAGCCCGGGCCCUUCUUCCAGUAAGGAAACCCGUCUAAACACCUUGGGGGCCCAAAGGAACCAGGACCUACCCCCUGAAGGCCACAGCAAGGAUGCUUUAAAAGAAGGGACUUCUGCUAAACAUCCCAGCAUUGCCCCAGGCCAUGAGCACAGUGGCCACUCUUGGGCAGAGGCACCAGAGGACACCGCUCAGGACACUAACAAUGGUGGCUCCGUAGAACACUCUUUUGAAACCAAGAAGCUCAAUGGAAAGGCUCUGAGCAAGGCCCUGAGCAGCCGGGCCGAGGAGCCAUCCUCUCCUCCUGUCCCCAAGGCAUCUGGCUCUACUCUCAACAGUGAGUCUGGCAACUGUCCCAGGACCCAAUCUGACGACAGUGAAGAGAGAAGCCUCGAAACCAUCUGUGCCAACCACAAUAAUGGACGCUUACACCCUCGCCCCCCUCACCCUCACAACAAUGGACAGAACUUUGGGGAGCUGGAAGCAGUGGCCUGCUCGUCUCCAGGACAUUCAGACACUGACCAUAAUUUGUCCCUGACCGGGGGACUCCUACACAAAGCUUGUUGUGGGUCUGAAAUGGCCUGUGAGACCCCCAGUGCUGGAAUGAGAGAGGACCCCCCUGACCCCCCAGGCAUAGACAGCAGCAGGGCUGUUCAUGGCCAUGGUGGCCUCAAAAGGCACCGAGUUGAAUUGGAAGAUACAGAUUCAGAGAAUUCCUCCUCAGAGAAGAAACUAAAAACAUGAUAAAUACAAAGGGAAAACAAAAAGCUACAAAAAGGAGCUUUACAAAAAAUUUUUUAAUCCUGUUUAGUGAAUACAGAGGAAAGGAAAAAAAAGUAUUAAAGGCACAUAAAACCAGGGCCUGAAUUUUGUGUCUGAUGCUGCUCCCUUCUAUUCAACAAUGGGUCUGAUGUUUAGUUGUCCAUUGGCUUGUGCUGUGCUAAGAAAGGGGAAAAAUCCAAGUGACUCCUUUCUAGUAAAACUUGAGCAUAGUGUACCUGUGCAGAUUAGAUUCCGUCAAAGUAAACCCUUGUUGAGACAUUUGAUUUGUUCUUGUGUGUGUGUACACUGGUAUGCGUGAACUCAUUGUUUCAGACUUGUCCUUAGUUCUCCAUCAGAAAAGGAUCUAUGGAUCUGUGUUUUUGCCAUCUCACUUUGUUUACAUGCCAUAGGUGUUCUGGUCUUAAUGAUGAGUACCUGCUAAGUCAGGUUGUGCUGCCAGUAAGUAGUGGAUUUGUGCUGAAAGACUAGGGAGGAGAAUAGAGACCGGCCUUCAGCCCAUUGGCUGUGCUGGAAAGGAAAGCAUGGUUCCUUUUUAAAGAAAUAUUCCAUGUUUUCUCUCAGUAGCACUUCUACAUUGAGCAUUUAACAUAGACGUACUAAAAGUGAAGCAUUUUUAAUGCUAAGAGGUUAGCACUUAAGAUGGGAUUCAAGAGAACAUAGAUCUCUGAUAAAUUUCACUGAUUACAAAUUGAGUGAUGCUGCAACAUACUAUAUGGAGGCCAUAAAAUAUAACUAGUUGUGGGUAACACUUUUAUCAGUUAGAUACUUAGUUCUAAGAGACACUCAGAAGACCUGCAGGCGCUUCCUUGGCCCCAUGGGAUGGUGUCUAGGCAUAUUGAAAGAAGGGGGAAAGAUAGCUCUCAAGAACUUUGUGCUCAAACUACUAAAGUGGAUGUUAUAUGUGUGUUAAAAAGUGUAGUAAAGAGCAGAGUGUGGUACUAUAUUAAUUUAAUUCAACCCGAAAUUAUUGGUGAGAAUUGGUGGGCCUAGCAUCUUCCCCCAAGCUUGCAAUUGACAGAGGCUGUGGUGUUCUGACUAGAUCUUGCAGAGCAGUGGACAUCUUGAAGUAACAGAUUCUUAUUACGUAGGUCUGUUAGGAGGCAGAGUGUGUAGAGAGAGGAGUCACUGGUUUAAGACUCCUGGCUCCUAGAAGAGACUCUGUUUCAUUGAGGUACAUACAGAUUGAGAGGGGAAAAGACCAAGAGAUUUUCAGCAUUGCAGUGGUAGUUACAGUCACUUGGUUAUCAAUGAAGGGUUGUGCAAGACAGGAAGGACUAAGGAUGACCAGAUAUCUUGUUGUCAUAGAUGUCAUGAAAAGGCAGGAGAAUAGUGGCAAGAAAUGAGGAAGAGAGAGAGGAGAACACAAUCACUUUCUUGGGCACAAAGGUGCUAGACAACUAGGAGCCCAGUCGGCAUUGGUGUAGGCAGGAACCAAUGUGUGACUGGUGUGGCCUCACUGAUCCUUUUAGAGGAGGACCUGUCCUACUGGAACCGGGACCAAGGGGAGACAACCUAUGCAGGAUGAAGACUCGGAUGGAUUUAGGCACGGGGGGAAGAGGGGUUAUUUAUAAAUAGAAGGUUGUUGGUUAAGCCAAAAGGAGAUAGCUUGCUAAGCUUUGUGAAAGGAAAGAUGUGCCUGGUCUGUGUGAUGUGACUUGGGCGUGAAAACUGUCUUAGGAGAAGGAGCUGAAGAAAUGUGAGUAGCAGUGGGGAUGCUUACAAUUUAACAAUUGUAAUCUCACUGGGGGAAUAAAAAUGGUUCUGUAACCAUUAGAAUUGCUUUGGAUUUGUAAUCAAAAUGAUUUUAUGAUUUGUCUUUGACUAUUCACAGAUAAUUGUAAAUUCUGGUUUUAUAAGCCCAAGUCAUUUUACAUUUGCUUUUCCAAAAUUUAUUAAAUUGGAAUUUUUUAAUCCUUUA